AUGCAGUCGUUUGCCCUUUUUGGCAGCCUGCUGUUGGGCCUGCUGCCCUCAGCCAAUGCUGCAACUGCCUGGCAGAACAGGAACCUGACCUAUCAGAUCCCAGACACUCCGGUAACGACGUUCGCUUCGACGAACUUCACUUCCAAGAGUGAUGCUCUUUCUGCCCUCCAAACUGCUCUUGGCAAUGCCACAAUCGCUACUUCAGGAGACCUCAGCUAUGGCUCGACCAUUGCACGCGUGUGGACCAAGCAGCGCAGGACCUACCCUGAUGCCAUUGUCUACCCCGAAACCCCGGAGCAUGUCAGCAUCCUGAUGCAGUUCUACUCCAACAACCACCCGCUCUGGACCGACGGCUUUGCCAUCAUGGGCGGCGGCCACGCCGACUUUGGCGGCGCCCAGUCCCCCAGCAUCAUCAUCGACCUCCAGAAGCUCGGCAGCACUGAGAUCGUCACCACCCCUCCCAGCAACUCCUCAGAAUAUGCUAUUCUGAAGAUCGGCGGCGGCUCUGAAGCCGGCGAUGUCUACGACACCCUGGACGGCACUGGCUGGGCCUUUCUGGGCCCGCGCGCCGCCUCCAUCGGCGUCGGCGGCUUCUUGCUCGGCGGCGGCAUCGCCUUCCAGACGAACCGCUACGGCGUAGGGGCCGACAGCCUCGUCGGGAUCGAAGUGGUGCUGAUCAACGGCACCAUCAUCUACGCCAACCCCUACAACGAGCACAGCGACCUCUUCUGGGCGGCCACGGGCGGCGGCUGGCUCGGCUUCGGCGUCGUCACCAACUUCUACAUCCAGGCCUACCCGGACCCGGGCACCGUCUACGUCGGCACCAUCGCCUGGGGCGAGGACAAGGCCGACGAGGUCUUCAACAAGACGGCCGCCUGGUGGGAGAGCAACACCGACCCUGAUGCGUUCCCUGCGCUGCUGUACUACCUGAAGGACCCCACCGAGAUCAACGCCCUCGUGCCCAUCAAGGACCGCCAGUUCUCGAUGCAGCUGAACGCGCUGCGCUUCGGUGGCUCUGAGGCUGACUUCAACAACACUUUCGGCCACUUCUACGAGAAUGCCGACGGCAUCAUCCUGCAGACCUACACGCUCAAGACUCUGCAGCAGUACCUGCUGACCAACUACCCCUACGGCUACAACCGCCUCUUCUACGGAAAGAGCCACACCAACUCCACCCCUGAGUUCUACCAGAACACCUUCGAGAUCUACAAGGAGACCGUGAACGGCAUGCUCGAGCGCGGCGAGGACCCUGGCCACACGCUCUGGGUUGACGAAUACGUCUUCCCCGCCUGGAACGGCGCCGGCCCCGACACCGACUCGGCCACCUCGUGGCCGCACUCGACGAGCGCCCACAUCACCCUGACGUCGGGCGAGUGGAGCAACGACACCACCACCGAGUGGCUGUACUCGCAGGACGAGAACAAGAUGAUGGCCUACCUGCGCGACUUCCAGAAUGGCCUCGACGAGCCGGCUAUCUACGAUUACCCCAACUACAUUGCUCCGUACAGCAAGACGGAAGAGCUCUGGGGUGCCGAGAACUUCAAGAAGCUGCUGCAGAUCAAGGAGAAGUAUGAUCCCGAGUGUCUGUUCAACAGGGGACGCGUCAUUGCGACGGAAGCGUGCAUUGCGAAGGGGCUGUCGAACACCUCCAUCUAG